GCGGUGGGAGCGACGAGAAGCACCACAGCAGGCCGCAGCGUAGUAGGAAUAGCAAAACGAGUUUGUUCGUCUCUCCUGCGGCGGCGAGCACGAUGCUCCGCGCUGCUGCUGCUGCAAUCGAGUGCAACUUGUGUCCGACGAGAAAUUAAAACGCGCAAGACAAAACGCCCCGCAAUUCAUUCGCGUCCUCUUUGUUACUGGCAAAAUGUGGCGUUAUAUUUUACCGCUAGCGGCGCUGGCGAUAUUCGGAAUUCAUAUUACUUCAGCGUGCAAUGAAGCCGUCUGCGCUGCCAUCGUGAGCAAAUGCCUUCUCACGCAGUCCUGCAAGUGUGACUUUCAGAAGGAUUGUUCGUGUUGUAAAGAGUGCUCUCUAUGCUUAAGUGUACUCUAUGAUGAAUGUUGUUCGUGCGUUGGUAUGUGUCCGGCGCCCAAUGACACAAUGAGCCCUCUGGGAAAACAAUCACAAGUAGAAGAUUUAGAGGAUAAACACGAGUCGCUCUUUAAAAGUCUCACCGAAACCGAAGAUCACGAUGAGCGCUGGACAACGUAUACUUUUCCCGUGGAUCUGCCAUUGGCGUACGCGCCUAAAAACGAUAUGAAAUAUCAAAUGCAGAGCGCUGAACAAGAAGUAAUCAACAAUAAAAUUAACAUCACCUCGACGCACAAUUGCACCGUAGCAUUCGCCUCCAAAUGCCUCGGUUACGCCAAGUGUAAGCGUACAUGCGUUUCGAUGGGAGCGAGCAGUAUGCGGUGGUUUCACGACGCAUGCUGCGAAUGUGUCGGUAAAUACUGCAUUAACUACGGCAUCAACGAAAACAGGUGUAGGAAAUGUAAUAAAAACGAAGUAAUGGAUAAUUCGAUUGAGACUGCGGACGAAGAGUUCGAAAUGGAAUACGAUAGUGAAGAGGACGAUAUGUAAAAUCAUGGGUUGGUCAAUCACGCUCAUUAUCGCUUCCUUGAGACGUGAAGCUAUAAUUCGGAUGCAAUGAGAUUUCGUGAUUUGUCGUCGCGAUCUCACGUUUAACUUCAUCGCCGAGUUGAAACAGUGAUUUGAUCCGCACGAUUUUGUGUAUGUAAUUAAUUGUAUUGUAAAAACUUUAGUUUUUAAGUGACUAUUGAUCAACGCGAAUCUAAUUUUAGUAUUUAACUAUCAAGAUUAACAAAUUGUAAAAAUUUUUAAUUCGUAAGCGCUUUUUUUAUUGGUUAUGUUGUAAGUUUUUGGAUACUUUUGGGUUAGGAUGUGAAUGAUGCUCAGACAGUAUUAGAUGGAUGGAAAUUUCCAAAUGGCGGCCAUGACAAUGAAGCACUGUCUUUUGAUAUUAACUUUUAUACGUUUUUGCACGACCUUUGCACAUUUUAAAACAUAACAUUGUAAACACAGUCAAAAGUAAUAAAUGUAUCUUAUUAGAAA